AUGGAAACUCUUAGUUUCUUUGUUGGAGUGAUAGGGAAUAUCUUCUCUGCGUUGUUCUUCCUUUCUCCCUUGAAGACAUUUUGGAGAGUGUUGAAGAAAAAAUCAACAGAGGAAUUUGACAGUCUUCCUUAUAUUUCCACUUUUCUCACUACUUCUCUUUGGGCAUAUUAUGGAUUUAUAAAGCCUGAUGGAUUUCUCAUUGUCACUGUCAAUAUCUUUGGAAUUACCUUUCAAAUUUUUUACCUCUCCAUUUUCCUUCUAUUUUCACCUCCAAACAUGAGAGUUAGGACUACAAUCCUAGUGGCGAUUUUUGAUGUAGGAUUUGUGGGAGGAACAAUCUUGACAUCGUAUUUGAUGUUACAUGGAAAUUCUCGAAUCAAUGUCAUUGGAUUCAUUUGUGCUGCUCUUAAUAUCAUGAAUUGUGGUUCACCUCUCGGAAUAGCGAAAAAAGUGGUGAGAAGUAAAAGUGUGGAGUAUAUGCCUUUCCUUCUUACUUUUUGCAUGUUUGUAAAUUCUGGAGUUUGGGCUUUCUAUGCUGUGCUUGUCAAAGAUCCCUUCAUUGGAGUGACCAAUUUGAUUGGAUUCCUUCUAGGAGCCAUGCAAUUGGUAAUUUAUGCCAUUUACAUGAAUGGGCCCCAAUCAUCCAAAGAGGAGUACUCAUUGCUACAUGAGGAUCUUCUUCUACCACCUUCGGAUACGACGCGGUCUUCAGAAAUCGAACGAGUCUAA